UUCAACGUCACGCCGUCCAGUUGCUGUUGUUGUUUUUAAUAAUUUCGUCUGGAUUUCCAUUUGUUUAAAUAAAAAAUGGUUUUUGUAAAGAACUGGGAGGAUUUCGAGAUUGCCGCCGAAAACAUGUAUUUGGCCAAUCCCCAGAACUGUCGAUAUACCAUGAAAUACGUGCACUCCAAGGGUCACAUACUGCUAAAAAUGACGGACAACGUAAAGUGCGUGCAGUACAAAGCGGAGAACAUGCCGGAUCUGAAGAAAAUCGAGAAGAUCACCAGCAAUUUGGUGGGACACAUGGCCUCCAAGGAAUAAAACGCAGAAAAACCGAAACUAUUUGGCCACGGCGGCACUUCUGCCCAGAAAAAACAACAAAAACACAGCACAUGCAUGCACAUGUAAAUUGGCCGCAAGUGUUGUUGUUUCAUCGAAGCAGGUGUGUGCGUGUGUGUGUGCCAUCAACACCCGCAUUGAAUUUAGUUAUUAAGCGCCAACAAAAAACCGCCCAGUUUUUGAAAUUCGAAUGUGGCGAUCAGAGUAGCUGCUGCAUUUAGCAUGCUUUUAAACGACAUUUCAUAAAUGUCUGCUCUGUACACGUUGCGAAUGAGCUGCGGAUGGAAUCAUCAUCAUCAUAAUCCUCUUCUGGUGGUCCAAAUCCCAUCUGCAGUCAGCGGCGGCGGUGCAAAAUGUUUUUCAUAAAGUUAACCAUACGGAUUUGUAUUUAUCGUAAGAGUCAAUGGGUCGUUCCACACAUUUCCUUGAAAUGAUCAGCAUGAAAUAAAUCAAGGGAGAAAUUAUAAAUGCUAUGAAACGGA